AUGAGGAACAUUAUAUUGGAAGGCAGCUUCACACUUUUAGUGUCCCUUUUCUUGUGUGCAAAAAAUGCAGGGAGUUUAAAGCACCCCCAGACCACUCUCCUAUUUUUGCACAACAGUUCUGAGCUUUUCCAAAAUGACACCCUCAGCGUGUUGCGAAACAAGACGAAUAUACAGAGUAAAAAAAAAAUUUCGCGGUUCAAAAUACAGUCAUCUGAGGAGAAGCAGAAGGAUGGGGGGCUGCACUACGAUUUAACCCCUGAAAAUGUGGAAAAGGUUUUAAAUUUAAUUCGACCCAAGUUGCAAAUUGAUAACGGCGAUGUCGAAUUGGUAGACAUAAAAAACAACGAUUUGUAUAUUAAAUUGUUGGGGAAUUGUGUUACCUGUAGCUCCAACAGCGUUACAGUGUCGCAAGUUAUCAAGAAGACACUAAAAAUGUACAUACGGAAUGAAAAAAAUGAAGAGCCAAACGUGAUUAUAACCAAUUUUGAUGAAAUAAAUGAGGAAAAUAUAUACGGCUGCUUGAGUGAUCUCAAACCGUACUUUGAUUUUUUGAAGGUGAAGGUAGUAAUAACAGACCUCAUGAAGAACAAGGAAAACAUCAACAACUCCGUAUCGUUGGUCUUUAAAAAGGUUAACCCCGCCGGAAGCGACGACGCGGAUGGAGAAGUAGACGGAGAAACAGAUGGACAAGGCAGCCGAAAUGCAGACCCCUACGCGGAGCCAGUUAAAAUACCCUUCAGCGUGAAGAGCGAAAUAACGGAACGGUUGAAGCAGAAGUUUCCCACGCUCGUCGUCAACUUUGAGAAUUAG